AGUGCUAACAGAGAAUAUUUCGGAAUUUCCAGUAGCCAGACACCUUGCAGACUCAGAGCAGAGUUUUGGAAUGAAAUUGAUCUACACGUUUAACAGUCACUGGAGUCUAUUAAUUAUGAAGAGCGCUGUGAUUUUUCUGCUGGUGGUGAUUUUAUAUGGCGCAAUGAAUUCUCAGUUGCGUACGGUUGCAUUAGGAACAGAUUGUCAAUUAUCGGGAAGGCCUCUGUUUAAACUGGAUAUGUCCUGGCCGAAGUACACUGAGGAUUUUUCUGGUGACACUUUUGGUGUGGCUGUUAACCAUGUAGUUGGUUUGGUAUAUGUUGCACAGAGAGGAGAGAAUGUACCAAAAGUACUCGUCUUUAACGUAGACGGAGACUUCCUACACGCUUGGAAUACCACGACUUUAGAGAUGCCCCAUGGAAUUUUCCUUGCUAAUGCACAUACUAACCCCUCAAUCUGGAUUACGGAUGUUGGAUCAGGACCAUAUGGCCACACAGUCAAGCAGUACAGUCCUUCAGGGAAGCUCUUGCAGGUUUUGGGCACACCUGGGAAAGCAGGGUCAGGUGUGAAUCCACUUCAGUUCGACCAGCCAGCAGAAAUCUUUGUCCAUGCCUCUGGUGAAAUAUAUAUUGUGGAUGGUGACGGAGGCAUGAACAACCGUCUGAUUAAACUAUCAAAAGAUCUACAGGUGGUCUGGGUACAUGGAGAGAAGGGCCAGGAGCUUGCACAGUUUUACAUUCCCCAUAGUGUAGCCGUGGAUAGCUAUCAGAGGGUCUGGGUGGCUGAUAGGGGAAACAAGAGAAUCCAAGUGUUCAAUUCAGUAACAGGAGACUGGCUUGGUACAUGGGGAAGCUGCUUUAGUGAAGAUGGACCUUACUCAGUUAGGCAAACUUCAGAUCAGAAGUAUUUCGUUGUGGUUCAUCUGAGCAGUAAUCAGAUCACUCUUCUGGAAGCUCCUCCAAUAGGAGUGAUCGGUCAGUGUCAUGUCGUCAGUGUUAUCCAGUUGGCAGACGAUGUGAAGCCCCACCUGGUUGAUGUCAACCUCAAAACAGGAGAAAUCUAUGUGGCAGAAAUUGGUGCUCGGCAGGUUCAAAGGUUUGUGCCUUACGCUCUAGAUGGGAACAGAGAAACUGGAACUCAUUUCAAGGCAUGACAAGCUGGUAAAAGGCAAAAUAUUCUCUUGCCCAUACAACAAAUGCUUAAAAUUGCAAAAUUAUCAUAAUGUUUGUGUAAAUAUAUUAUUUUUAAUGUUUUUCCCCUGCAAAUGUAUAGAUUAUGUGGAAUAAGUUUGUUGUACAGUCAAUGCACCUCAUGCCACAUAAUGCCAACAUGGAUUAUUGCCAUAUUGUUAACGUGUCAUGGUAUGUAUUGUAUCAUGUGGUACUCUGCAUCUCCAUAAUGUAAUAUUAUCUAACACAAGAUAACACACCUUCAUAUACAUACAUACAUUGACAUGACAUUGACAUUGCCAGGCUGCAGGAAGCACACACACUGUAUAUUCCUAUUUUACAUUCUAUUUACCAAAUGUGAAGUUCGUCUCGUAGUUGACACUUUUUUCUGCCCCUCUCAUGAUGCCCAACUGAAUGGUAUGCCCUGUUAUUGUCUGCUGUUUAGUGCCAGAUGCAUUUCUGAAAGGACCAAUACACAUUUAUCUAUAUAUCUAAUCACAAGCACAAUUGAAAGGAACCAAUUGUGGAGAACAUUAGAAGGAAUACUAAUUUUAGUUAUCAGGAAAAUAAUGCAAUACUGUACAUGCCCAAAAUGUCACCACACAGAGAAAUUAUGCAGAGCAGUUAUUCUACUUCAUUAAAAGCAAUUUUUGGUACUAAAAUUAACAAAUUCAACAGGCAUAGACUAUAGGGGUGUGGAUGACAUGAAAAAGUGAAUGUAAGAUUUUAAAAAGGCAAACUAAAUGUUUGCUUUUGACUUUUGACUAGUGCAGUGCUUGUUAAACCAUGCUAUUCCUAAGAAAACCUGUAGCCCAAU